AUGGCACAGACAUCAAUAACAGAGGAGUCUCUAAAGUCUGCGCUCACAGAGCGCCUAAAGGCGACCCACGUUGAGGUCACAGACAUGUCUGGUGGCUGCGGCCAAUCCUUCACGACGCUAAUCGUGUCGCCCGACUUCGCCGGCAAGAACAGCCUCAAGCGACACCGGCUAGUCAACGGGGCGCUGAAGGAGGAGAUCGCGCUGAUCCACGCCUGGAGCGCAAAGUGCCAGACACCCGAGGAGUGGGAGAGAGAGAAGGCCGCGACGGGGGGCAACGACGGCCCGCCGCUCGACGGGACGGUUGGGGGGAAGGUCGACGGCGUUGAUGCCUGA